AUGCCUUCUCUCCUGCUUGAUGUUUUCCCGGUAGAUGUAAAGUGCUUGCAAGAGGAGAGUCUCUUGAUGAACAUCAAAGUCCUGAAGUCAUCUUCAGUGUUAUUUUCAUCAACAAAAGCAAUUAAUACUAUAAAUGGAAGAGAUUUGGAACAUUGUAAUGCGGAAGAUGUGCACGAGGUUUCCAAUGCCAUCUAUGAUUCGUCUGGACACUUUGAUGACCUAAAUACGGACGAUAUUUAUGCUAAUGUUAAAAAACCUAACAAACUUAACAAUGUGGAAGACCUUUAUGCUAAAGUCAACAAACCAAGCAUGCAAACUAAUGACAAUACAAAUAGGAAGAAACCUGCUGAUGUGAAUGACCUUUAUGCUAAAGUCAAUAAACCAAACAAGGAAACCUAUGACAAUACAGGCAGGAAGAAACCUGCUGAUGUGGAAGAACUUUAUGCUAAAGUUAACAAACCAAGUGUGAAAACUCAUGACAAUACAAGCAGGAAGAAACCUGCUGACAAUACAAAUAAGAAGAAACCUGCUGAUGUGGAAGAACUUUAUGCUAAAGUUAACAAACCAAGUGUGAAAACUCAUGAUGUGAAUGAUCCUAAUGCUAAAGUCAAAAAACCAAGCAAGAAACCUGAAGAUGUGGAUGAUUUUUAUGCUAAUGUCAAUACACCAAGCAUGAAACCUGAUGAAGAUGGUAGCAUGAAUGACAAUUAUGAGAGCAACAAUCAAAGUAAUGAGCCUGAAUCUGUUCAAGAAUGUAAUUAUGCAGAACUUGAGUUUAGAAACGAUCCUGGACCAAGCAAACCAGUACCAAAACCUAAAGAAGAAGAAACUAUUUAUGCUGAUCUAAUAUUGGACUGUUAAUCUAAAUAUUUUGCCAUUUUUUAAUCAUGUUGAUAUAUGUACCAAUUAAAGCCACUCUACAUUUUAUUCACACUCUUAAACAGAUGCUAGUAGUUUACAAAGUACAGAUAAUCAGAGUACUUCUUUCAUUUAUAAAACAGUGAACACUUCCAUUUACAUGUCCAAGAAGAAAAAUACCUUCUCAAGGCAAGUCUUCAUUCACCAGUACUAUCUUGUCCUUUGCCUUUCACUGGUCUUUGUGCUCCUGUUUUUUUACCUGCUUUUUGUAAACCAUGAGUGUGCUAACUUUAUAUUAUUCCCAUCUGAAACCACCUGACAUUCUCACAUUCCUCUUCUUUCCAAUUCUAUUGUGUCUCAUCUACCAUAAAAUUUGAUAGACAUCAGCUACUUCUCUUCCUCUAUUACUAUGCAUUCCCUUCAUCAUAUAACUUGCAGCAGUUUAAAUUAACCAAGUGCCAAUAAUAACCCUUCAGAUAUACCAUUCUCCCUGUUCCUAAGCCUAAGAAGCUAUUAGCUGAUAUUUUUCUCUUUACACAAACAAAUAUAGCCAAAUAUAAGGAAAACAUUUAAAUCUUUUACAUCUUUUUUGUAUCUGAUACUCAAAGCUUUAUUUUUUUAUAAUUAUUUAAAAUUUUGAUAAUGUGUUUUGUGCUCCAUAACCUUUUUGGAAGAAUGGAUAUCACAGUCCUUGGUACUGCUUAGUCUAUUCUUCAAACGAUUUCAAAUAAUGUGAUAACUAUUGACUGUGGUUACACUGGUUUUGUGUAUCAAAAAUCAUUUCUUUCUCUUUAGAUAUAUUUGUCAGUUUAUUUCUAGAAACAAUACAUGGACCUGCAAUUAUAGUACACUGUUACAGAUAUUUAUUUUUGGUAAGAUUUUUUAAAAAUGUAUAUUUUAUAAAGUAACAAGUUUUCAGUAGUGCUUUUGGUAGCAUUAUAAGAACACAAUACAUUAAAGAUUUUGGACAAGAUUCUAGAUCUUAUUUAUGAUUCAUAUGUUCCUAUUCUAUAAAGUGUGUUAAGUAAUAUACUGAAUUUUUUUUUAAUGCAAAUUGUAAUGUUUCCAAGAUUGAUACAAAGAUUCACUUUUGUAGUAAUAAAUAGCCAAGUUAAUUAACCUCAGCACAUGCCUUUAUAAAGUUAUCCAUUAUAACACAUUAGUCACCCUUAACAAGUGAGCAUUGCAUGUAGGUCUUUACUAGCUUUAUAGAUUUGGACUAAAUAUCUAAAAAUACCAUUCCAUUAAGAGUUUCUAUGUCAUAUGCAGCAACUGCAUUGACAAAUUCUUAUUCUUUUAUUCUUAUAGAUGUCUACAAAUAAGCAUUUGCCAGCAUGGAAGGCAGGCAUUAAACUAUGAUGAUUAAUGAAGUAAAUCCAGUUAAAAUUUUGUUUUUUUGUUUUCCAAUGUGAAUCAUUAUAAGACAAACACAAUAUGGCUGUUAAUUUGUUUAUUUUUGGUACUUAUGUGAGUUUGCUCUCCAGUUGUCUAUAACUAGGCAACAGUUAUGACUAAUUUUAAUUUGUUGAUGAAGUUAUCUUUUUUUUUCUUGUUUUUUUUUGUUGUUUAUUUUAUUCAUAAAACUAUAUGCUGAUUAAAUUUGUUUCUGAUGGGGUUUGGACCCCAUUAAGCAAAUUUUUUUCAAAUCAUUUCCAGUUUUUGAAAUUUGCCUCAUCAAACUUGAAAUCUUGAUCUUAUUGCAGAAAUUUUAUAUUAUUUACUUUUUGUAAUUUUACUUACACAAAUGUAUUCAGAUUUCUUUCUGUCACAUUCAUGUGUGUGUGUGUGCAUUCUUGAGCAAAACUAUUUCACAUUGGUCUGUGAUCAUUUUGACAUUUGAAGUGUUGCACGCUUCUGCACUUGUGCAGGCAAUGUUGAUUUGAUAGAGGAAGUGAAUAACUAUGCAGCAUAAAUAUUUAAUUAUUAUAAACAGAUCAUUUGUGGAACAAAAACUGAACAUUCAUGUCAUCUUCAAUGGGAGAUUCCAUUGUAUAUAUAUAUAUAUAUGUAUAUAUAUAUAUAGUAAGAGGAGAGAUAUAAAAUCUAGGCAGAUACCAAAUUUCGCUCUGUAAAAUUCCAAGGCUGGUUCCUUCAGAUAAUGCAUUUUUGGUAAACUUCCUGUAAUUCCCAUCUGAUGUUACAGUUUCUUUCUUGACUAUUUAGAGUGUAAAGUACAAUAUUGAUAAUAAGGAGAAUGAAGAAUUCGAUCAGUCAAACUUUAUGUUUAUUUCCAGUUAGUUUAUUCAUAAUAAUUGCCCUACAUGUGUUUUGAUCACACUAACUGCAUCAUCGUCAUCAUCAUCGUUUAACGUCCGCUUUCCAUGCUAACAUGGGUUGGACGAUUUGACUGAGGACUGGUGGACCAGAAGGCGACACCAGGCUCCAAUCUGAUUUGGCAGAGUUUCUACAGCUGGAUGCCCUUCCUAACGCCAACCACUCCGGGAGUGUAUUGGGUGCUUUUACGUGCCACCGGCACGAGGGCCAGUCAGGUAGGUACUGGCAACGGCCAUGCUCGAAAUGGUGUAUUUUAUGUGCCACCUGCACAGGGCCAGUCCAGGGGCACUGGCAACAAUCUCACUCGGAUGUCUUACUGGCAAAGGCCACGCUCGAAAUGGUGUAUUACAUGUCACCUGCACAGGGCCAGUCCAUCGGCACUGGCAACGAUCUCACUCGAAUGUCUUUUCACGUGCCAGGAAAGCAACGUUGGUAACGAUCCACGGCCACACUCGAAAUGGUGUAUUUUACGUGUCACCUGCACAGGAGCCAGUCCAUCAGCACUGGUAACGAUCUCGCUCGAAUGACUUUUCAUGUGCCACUGGCACAAGUGCCAGGAAGGCGAUGUUGAUAACGAUCACGCUGGUGCUAUUUAUGUGCCACCGGCACUUUAAAAUAACACUUUAAAAUAACAAUAAUAAUAAGAAGAAUUUAAAAUACAACUCACUACUUCUCUUAAUAUCCAUGUGGUUCUUACUGCAUAGAAAUUAUCCACAACCACUCUAAAUAACCUUCACAAAAAUUCAAAUAAUAUAAUAAAAUCUGAAAUCCAUCAAAAAGCCAUGUGACUAUAAAGUAUGUAGAAUCUAUCAAAUGAAAAGUAUUCUAUAAAUAACCACUCCCCAGCUAGUCAAGAAUAUUUGUCAACUUCAACAAACACUGCUGCUGAUGAUGAAUUUUAGCCAAACAAUCAGUUGAGAAAAACAGCUCAUCAAUGAAAGUAAUGGUUUACUACUACUACUACUACUGAGCCUAAUACAAACUAAUAAUGGAGGAAAAUUCCUUUUCGAACAAUGUCAUACUUAUAUACCCUGAAGAGAUUGUACUAAUAAAGCAUAACUUGCUGCAUAUAAAUAUGCAGUUAAUGUGAUUGAAACAUGUGUCAGAAAAUUAUGAUGAAUAAACUAACUGAAAAUAAACAAAGUCUUAAUGUUCAAAUUCUUCAUUCUCCUUAUUAUCAAUAUAUAUAUAUGGAGAAAAGAAUAUAAGAAAAUUUGAUUUGGUGGUUGAAAAUGUGCCUGAGUCUUAAAAUGUGGUCAUUUUGAAAUUGUGCAACAGAUUUAUUAAAAUACCAGUUUCAACAGUUUUUUUUUUUUUUUUUUUUUUUUUUGUUUAUCAAUGCUAAAAAAAUUUUUAGGAAUGAUUGAAGAUACAAUGGAAAAUUCAGAAAAACAUGCGAAAAAGAUCAAAUGUUCAUACAAAUUCCAAUAUUCAAUAAUAUAUAUAUAUUUUAACAUACACACACACACAUGCAACGUCAGUGUUAUAAUCCAUGAUAAUAUCACUUUGGUACUUUUUGUUUAUCUCACCCCUAUUAAAAAAUUGCCAUUAAAAAAUUGGGUUACCUCCCCACUAAAAUUUUGAGCUUUUGUGGGGACAAGAGAUUGAAUUAAAAGAGAUCCUUUUGAUUCAAUACUUCAACACAUUGUUGACUUUUGGCCCCCUCAAUAGGCAUGGUAUGAUCUCUUAUUAAAAUGUUAUCAGAUUCAAUAAGAUGUUUAACUUUUUCAGUUUUCAUGUUUAUUAAUUUUUCAUUCUUUUUUUUUGUUUUAUUGAGAGUUAAACAAUUUUUUAGUUGAGGGAGAUAACCAAAAGUACUGAAGUACUAUCUCAUUUUUUAUAUUCAGCAUUUUCAAUCCUUUUGAAUCUAGAUUCAAUUUUUUUGUGUUUCUUUUUAAUAUUGAUAUAUUUGGAUUAAAAUCCAUUCUUUUUUAUAUUAUGUGUAUAUUUUUGUUACUCAUGUUUAAUCAUUUUUAUAUAAAGGGAUACCUUAAUAUGUAUAUAUUUUGUCAUCAUAAUAUAAAAUUGGAAUAUCCCUCAAAAAUAUGCAUGUUGAAAAUACCUACCUAAAAUAAACAGACAAUUAAAGAUAUUUUUAUUUUAUUCCUUAUGUUGUAAGUAUUGAAUCAAUAAUACAUGUAUGUGAUUUGUUAAUGAAUUCAAUAUUAACCCUUAAAUCAGCUAGUUGAGCUGACCUAUGAGCCACAACUGCCCUAUUCUUUUAAGAGCAUAUCUGGAAUAGAUUAUCUGAUGUGUUCUUUUCUCUCGCAAGACAUGAGGAUGUAAUUUGAGGGAGACUUGGCUGCUUUUUCUAGAAAGUCUGAUUACCAUGAAGAGGCUUUCUCUCAUUGGCUCAGCAAUACACAUUGUUGGGAUACUAGUCUGCUUGAUGAAGUGCCUGCCACUUUGCAUACUAUUAAUGGCAUACGUUCUUUUCCAGGCAGAUACCUACUUAACUUUUAAUGCAAUGCCGUGAUAUUUUGAGUGGAUAUGUUGCACUAUUGCAAGCAGUAGUGAAAUGCCUGAAUUCGUGAGUGCUGAAUUAGCUUGCCAAACUGUGCUCAAGUAUUUCUAUGGACCUGGAGGAAGUAGUAGGAUAUGUUCUAGUGUAUUUCCCUUCAAAUCCUUAUUUGAGGAUUUAGCUUUUAGGAGUUUCCAAGAACACAACAGUUUAUAGUUCAUUAUACUCUGCUCACAUCCUACACAUAUGACUAAGUGAAUUCUAACUAAAUAUUAUAUUUUAAAAGUUUCCUCUGAAACUGAAUUAUGUCGACUACUUUCAUAAAAACAAUUUCUCAGAUUCAUAAGAAACGGGGAGUAUAUGCAGUUAUUCUUCUAAAGUGUAUUAGCAUUGUAAGAGAAAUGAAACUUCAAUUGAAAAUUAAAGCACCAUACAAACUUGCCUCACAGAUAGUUUGCAUCUGCUCAACAGCACCCCUACUUAAAGCUAAAUAAUAUUACAUUAUAUAAUUUGUAAAUAUUUACAAAAAAAUAAAGUGGUUAGCACUAGUAAUGGUAUCAAAUUAUCAAAUUAUUAUUUUCAUUGUAGAAGUCAGAGAUAAUGUUUUUUAAUCCAUAAAUGAAACUAAACUGAUUUUUAUGAAAUAAAAAUAGUAGAAGAUUAUCAUAGUUUAUGAACAGGUAUCACAUUGUUUCUUGAACAAAUACAUGAUUACUCUUAUCUUAAUUAUCUGAAAUAUUUAAUUUCUAAACAAUUCUACAAACAAAUAAGCAAUCUUGUAUAUUUUAAUUUUAUCCACUAUUUCAGCAAGCACAGUGAAAGCUAGACUUUGCUGAUGAGACAGUCCUAUAUUUAAGAGAUGAGGGAUUAUGUACAUUAUUUACGUUUGAUAGAUAUUUGUCCUCAUCUUGUUUGUUGUUAACAUGUUUCGGCUGAUAUACCCUCCAGCCUUCAUCAGGUGUUUUGGAGAAAUUUCAAACCUGGGUUCUCAUUCCUAAGGUAUUUUCUGAUGUUAUUAUUAUUAUUAUCAUUAUUAUUAUUAUUAUUAUUAUUAUUAUUAUUAUUAUUAUUAUUAUUAUUAUUAUUAUUCAGGUCACUGCCUGGAAUCAAUUUAUAAGCCCUAAAAUUCACUCCAUAGUUGCCCUUGAGCAUAUGGCGUAGUGGUUAAGAGCGCAGGCUACUAACCCCAAGAUUCCGAGUUCGAUUCCAAGCAGUGACCUGAAUAAUAAUAAUAAUAAUAAUAAUAACAAUAAUAACAUCGAAAAAUACCUUAGGAAUGAGAACCCAGGUUCAAAAUUUCCCCCAAAACACCUAAUGAAGGCUGGAGGGUAUAUCAGCCAAAACGUUGUGUUAACAACAAACAAGAUGAGGACAAAUAUCCAUCAAAUGUAAAUAAUGUUUGCUGAUGAGGUUGUGAUAAAGCCAAAACAUGUUCACAGUUGACUCACACACUUGCCAGAAAAAAGAAAAUGAUAUUUGUGAAUGACAAAUCAAAAUUCCUAAAAUUGAUUUAUUUUUUUUAAUAUUUUGUAAGCUGCAUAAUUUCUUUGAGUAUUAAUUUUUGCAUAAUAUUAUAUAUACUUGUGUACCCUUAAUUUUGUAAGUAAAUACUUUUAGUAAUUUCUCUUGUUAGAAAGAGAUUUUUCAUUUUUUUCUUUUUUGUCUAUUUAUCCAUACUUAUAUAGGUGGAAUGACCACAUUUUUAGAGUCAUUGUUUCACUGGUAAAUGCCCUUCCUACUGCUAACCACUCAAACAUGAUGUAAGAGUACAAUCUGUUUUUAGACAUGCAAACUGAAGUGAGCAGAAUCAUGGGCAGUGAUAGAAAUGGAUUUUGGAAACUAGGUAUAAGGUGAGGCUGUAUCCAAGAUUUAUGUUCAGGAAUCAGAGUGAACUUUUUAUUUCUUAAUUUAGCCUUAAAUAUGCUCAUUCAUCCCCAAGAAUACUGUGAAUCACAUGUUCAUCUCCAAGAUGUUAAAACAGUUCAUAGAGCUCACAUUUUUAUGUGAAUCUAAUAUUCAUAAAAUCUCUUACUUUUGAUGACAAUCCAAGCCUCACCACGUUAUCUUUAAGUAACUUUACAUGAAUGUUCACAACUUCACAACCUAUUAAGGAACCAAUUGAAUUGUUUGCAUAAGUAGAUGAAGCCAUAUUAUGUAAUAUAUUUUUAAAUGCACUUUGUUAGAAUUUAAUGUUUUGUUUGCAGUCCACUUGUUGGAAUAAGAGUACUUAUCAAAUCAGGAAAAAAGCAAAUGAUAAGAUUAAUAAUAUAUAUGACAGUAAAAUAACUGAAGAGUUCAAGCAAGUUAGUAGUUAUAAUUGUUACUCUUUAUUUUUUCCUAAAAAGUAGACUACAAACUAAACUAUAAAGUUCAAACAAGGUAUCUUUAUAUUUAAUUAUAACAGUACCUCACAUUACUCUAUUUCAUUCUUCACAAAGCCACACAGUAGUUAUUCCUGUCUUCUAACUUUGAAUAUUUCAAUCAAAAUAAUGAGCUUCUUUUCUGGUAUAUAGUAUACUGUAGAUUAAUCUAUAUGAUAUAUUCUAUUAUCGGAAAUUGAUAAAAUAUCCAUACAUAAUUAUCGUAAUCUUUUAUUAAUAGAAAUUUUAUAAAUAAUAAAAUAAGUGUCUCUUUUGAUAGACUUAAAGUGUACAAAAUCCUGAGAAAUUGAAAAAUCGGCCAAUACCAUACCUCUCUGCUUAUCACUCUGCUUCCAUCACUGCUCAUGAAUACAACACAAUGGCCCAAGUAAGACUUAAAUUAAUGAUAAUGUGGUCACUACUUCAGCACUUUAAUCCUACAGCUAUUAUGCCUAUUUUUCAUUGUUUUAGUUUUGUUUCAAAGUUUAUUUUUGUUAUAAUUUUAAUUCUGUUAAUAAAUUUGAAUUAUACUUUUAAA